GUGUGUGGGUGGGUGUGGGUGGGUAUGUGUGUGGGUGGGUGUGGGUGGGUAUGUGUGUGGGUGGGUGUGGGUGUGUGUGGGUGGGUGUGGGUGGGUGUGGGUGGGUGUGGGUGUGGGGUGUGAGUGUGGGUGGGGGUGGGGGUGUGAGUUAUUCUUUUUCAAUCACCCACACCCACACCCACACCCACACCCCACUCCCACACCCACACCCAACACCCACACCCCACUCCCACACCCACACCCAACACCCAACACCCACACCCCACACCCACACCCACACCCACACCCACACCCACACCCACACCCCACACCCCACACCCACACCCACACUCACACCCACACCCCACAAUAGUCCCUAAUAUGCACACAAAAAGUUUGAAUCACAUCGUUCGUUAACACUCUCUUAUAGCACGACUAUAGCACACGCCAUAACACAGUAUACUUGUCUGAGUAGCAAAUAAAGGUUUUAUAAAGAAUUUUUUGUUCAGAUUAUUGAUAUAAAGUCUAUAAUAGAUACGCCGUAACUUGGUGUAAAAUUAGUUUCUAUAUGCCUUAUAUUGCAAGAAAAUGAAAUUUUAAAAGAUGGCACCUAUGGGUACCAUUUGGAAAGAAAGGGUUAAAAAAAGAAAAUUCAAAUAUUGAAGAUUUUUGUUUUCGAAAAGUUUUUCGAUGUUAAAAUCUUUUGAUGAAAACUAGGAAUACUUAACUAUCAUUAUUGAUAAUAACUAAGAAAUACUUAGGACAGUGCAAAAGUAGAAAGAGUGAGACUUUAAUACCUUAUAGUAAGCUAAAAAAAGUUUUCUUUUUAUAUGAGGUGAUAGUAAAAACGAUGCUCUAUCUUUUGGUGAUAUUUAAUUGUUCUUCAAUUAAUAUCAUAAUAAUAAAGUUUCAACAAGUAGCGCUCGUCGUUACGACUCGCUUAGCCCUCGACUGAAUCCUGUCCAUUCAUUAUCUAUCAUUACCUCCUAGAUUUCAUUGUGAAAACUAUUGUUAUAUACACAUACAUGUAUGAAAAAACCGUAUACUAUUGUAGGAGACAACCACUUUCUAAAAAUAUUUCGCUUUUCAAUUUUCUCCUAGGAUUUUCCAAAUUUAACCGUAAGAGGCAGCUCACAGUUAGUCGCCGGUGUCAAUACGAGCCACCACUCGCGACUACUCGCUUUCGCAUAUGACACCGGUAUGGUUUUAAACAGUCCUUCACUUUCUUCUUAAUCCUUUCGUUCUGUGUUUUUUUGACUAAUUGUUAAUGUUCCUAACCAUUGCGCACAGUAACGUACAUUUCACUCGCAUUUUUCUGCAAGACCUUUUCCCGUCUGAAGCUACAACGUCAGCCCUUUGUCUGUCAUUAUCGCUAUUCUUGGUUCGUAACUCCUUAUUCCAGUCCAUUUAUCGAGGAUCAAAAUUCAUGUUACCGCACUGAGUUUUUCGCAGUUUUCAGACACUUUCAACCGGUGAGAUUCGAUCAAUGAGCAAUUUUAUAUAAAUUCCACCGGCCCAAGGUGUACCUUCGGCGAACCCGCCAGAUCACGGGCUAGUCGUUCGUCGGCGCCCUUUAGAGCGCCACUCAUGGCUAGCCGGUUUCAUGUUUAAACCAAGAUUCCCAGUAAAUCACCCUCUUUCCUUCGCAUUCUAGUCGGGUCACGUUUGGCUUACUGUAAAACACUGUUGUUUUUAUAACAAAAAAAUUCUAGGUGAGAAGUGCCAAAAACCAUAGUUUCUUGAAAUGUGUUCCUUACAGUUUUAAUUGCCAGAGCUUUUGAAAAAUCGAUCUUCUACAAGGCAUAGCUACCUGUGAACAAAAAAGAAAGGAAACUUCUAGAUCGCUAUAAGUAGUGACGUAACCAGGGGUGGGCAUGCCCGGACGCCGCCCGGGCACCGACCGUUUUUGCCCGGGCACCGGAAAAAUUUUGAAAUCUAAUAGUUACCAUUGAAAUGUUUGUCGUCUAUUUAUUGUAUAGACAAUAGCUGUGAAAAGCAGUUAGUGACACCUGUAGGAUAAAGUGCAGACAUACUGAUGAGUAAGAAAUAUCAGUUGCUUGUUUACUUUUCGUUUCUGUAUAUAUAUCAGAUAAUAAAAUAGCCAAUUGAUUACUUCAUAAAUAGGGUAUCAAAAACCAGUUUAUUUAAUUUUGAAAUGGAGAAAAAUUCUAAAGAGCCUAAACGUGGAACUAUUCAGUCAUUUUUUAGUUCACAGACUACAAAAAAGAAAAAAUGUGAUGCUUCUUUAAUCUCAAGUGAGUUAAUAGUCAAUCAAACAGUUUAGAUUAGCACAUCAUAGUCUACAGGUGAACAACAACAAGAAUCAAUUUCUUCAUCUUCUUCAAAUGAUCAACAACGAAGACAAAUUCAUUCAUUUUCUACAAGUGAACAACAAUCAUCAUUUUCAUCUUUUUCAACUAAUGAACAACGUGAACAAAUUCAUUCAUUUCAUAUAGGUGAACAACAGGAAUUAUCUUCAUCUUCUUCAAAUAAUCGACAACAAAAAAAAAUUAAUUCAUUUUCUACAAGUGAACAACAACCAUCAUUUUCAUCUUUUUCAACUAAUGAACAACGUGAACAAAUUCAUUCAUUUCCUAUAGGUGAACAACAGGAAUUAUCUUCUUCAUCUUCUUCAAAUAAUCGACAACAAAAACAAAUUCAUUCAUUUUCUACAAGUGAACAACAACUAUCAUCGUCAACCUUUUCAAGUAAUCAACAACGUGAACAAAUUCAUUCAUUUCCUAUAGGUGAACAACAGGAAUUAUGUUCUUCAUCUUCUUCAAAUAAUCAACAACAAAAACAAAUUGAUUCAUCUUCAUCAGAAUCUUUUCUAUUUAUUUCUUCAUCAUCAAAUACACCAGUUUCAAAUAUUACUGAUAUUAGUCGUUCAUCUGACGAAUUACCCGCACGACCAAUACUUGCUUCUUAUCCAUUAAAUAAAGAAAAAAAAGAUCUUUUCGUAAAUCAAAGUGAUUCAUUUGUGCGUGGUUUUAAUAGCUGGAAACGUGCUUUCUGUGCUAAUCAAGGAUUUCUAAAUCAUCAAAAUACUCAAUCUCAUAAAUUAGCUGAAAUUAAUUACAAACAAUAUAUUGCACGUACAUCAUCUGGAACAACUGUUUCACAAGUAAUGAAUAAAUCAAGAAAUGAAUUAAUAAAACGUAAUCGUGAAAAAUUAAUUAAAAUCGCCUCGACAUUGCAUUUAUGUGCUCGACAAAUGAUUGGAAUACGGGGACACGAAGAAGGGGAAUCGUACGUGUGUUCUAAGGAAUAAACUGGGUGAAUCCAUGGAAAAUGUAUCACAUUUUGGAAAAGUGUUUUUUUUUGUGUACUCAAAAAGUGAGUACACUACUAAAAUCGGUCAGUGUGUCCGGCCGGCCGUCCGUCCGUCCGUUUAUUUCAUAACUUUUGAAAGGGGAGUCAGAUCGCGAUGAGAUUUUCUACACAGUUCAGUCCUAACAAUAUCUCGGUCGAUUUCGAAGAUGAGAAGGAUUGGCCGAGCCAUUCCUGAGUUAUUGCAAAAAUACUCAUUUUUCCCUAUACAUUCCCUAUGGAAAGAUUGAGCCAUCCCCACUUUCGUAAACAACUUUUCCUAUUCUGGUCAACUAAAACCCCAACUAUUAUAUACCAUUCGAUAGAGAAUUUCAAGAGCUACAAAAUGGUGUAUAAAACAUAAAGAAACAAGUAGGCUGACUCACCUAUCACAAAGAUAAUUAAAGAGAACUAGGUUAUAUUUUUGUCCACGAUCUAAUUGAUCCACAAUUCGAGCUCUAUCUUCCGAUCACAGUGAUGAUGUUUCGAGGUUUUCUGAGGUGGAGAACUCGAAUCUGUAUUCCACUCCCAUCGAAAUACUAUUGGUUGAGCAGUGACCAAUAGAAAUCAAGUUAUAGGAAAAACGACUUUCUUAGGGUAAAUCAAGGGGAAGAGUUCAAAUUUGAGCUGUAGUCGGUCCCAAGUCCUAUUGGUUUGGCAAUACCCAACAGAAAUCAACAGUUUAGAGGGUAGGUUCCCCAAUAUAAUUUUGAUAUCCACACAUUCUAGGAUGGCUAAUUCGUCUGAUUCACUUUUUUUAUCUACCACAUAUAUCGCUAUAGUCAGUUUUAUCAGAGCAACCAGGUCCUGAAAUACUAUACUAUGGGGGUACCCUUGGGUCCUCAUAUGCCAUACUAUGGGAGUACCCU